UGAGGACUCAUGUGGUUUUGAGCAUGUGUUUGUUGGUGAGUCUAAGUAUGGGAAGGAGAUCACCGGGUUCCACAACUGGGUUCAGUUCUAUCUGCAGGAGAAGCAUGGCAAUGUGGACUACAAGGGUUACAAGGCCCAGGGCAACAGAAACACUCCAGAUGAGGAUGACCACGUUCUAAACCUGCAGUUCAGCUGGAAGGGCCUGGUCAAGCCUGUGGGAAGCUCCUUCAUCGGGGUCAGCCCAGAGUUCGAGGUCGCCCUCUUCACCAUCCUCUUCCUCGCGUCGACUGAGAAGGUGACCACGGUCGUGGUGAAGGUGGACGAGUACCUGCUAGAGAUGGUGGUGUAUCGUCAGGGGCGAUCCAUCGGAACCUCCUACCCCAAACUACUCAGCAGCAACAACAGGGACCUGUAGUGGGGAGAUCUACGCACCCUGAUUCUGAAASCAGAGGCCCKAAUGGAACCCUAUUCCCUAUGUAGUGCACUGCUUURWACCAGGGCCCWUAGGGRUAGUAGUGCACUAUAUAGGGGAUAGGGUGCCACUUGGGGCCUAGACAGAAUCAUCUGCUAUUUUAAAGGUUGAUCAUUGUCGUGUACUUGUUUUUGACUCCAUAUUGUUAUUAGGUCGUGUUCUCCUCCAAUCAAAUUCUUAACCUCAUUCCCGGGUUCAAUUACUAAUUACAAAUCCUGGAUCAUUCAUCAUUUGCUCUAAACUAUUAUAUUAGAGAUUACAGUUGAUAAAGGACCAGAAUUGUGUCUCUCUCUGCUACCAGCUCUCCUUUCUGUCCUGAAUAUUCAAUACUGGUCCUUGGUCUUUCACAAAGCAGAGGGCUGUUUAUAUUUACAGUUAAGAACAUUUUGUUAAGCAUUUUGACAGUCCAUUAAAACCAAGAUUUACUAUGAUAGGAACCUGAUUGUCUAACAUUAUAUUGACAGUGUUGUACUCUUCUGAAUUGUAUUUAACAUAUUAUUCGUUUGUUAUGAUUACGGGGCCAUAUGUCAAGUUUGGAGGCAUUUCCCCAUUUCAAUUUCUACUUGAAGAAAAUAAAACAUGUUUACAAGUAUACUAUU